AUGCCCACUCUCGCCCCUACCAACUUCAACAUUGUUGUUAGUGUGUUGGGAGGAUGGAUAUCAGUCUUCGGUCUGGUAUCUUACCUUCUCAAGGAGAAUUUCUAUCUUUCCGAAGCCCUCAUAUCGCUCCUGGCUGGCCUCGUCUUCUCUCCCCACGCUGCCAACUUUGUCCGCCCGCUUGAAUAUGCAGGCUCGGAAGAAAACUUAAAUGCGAUCACGUUAUAUUUCACCCGCCUUGUUCUUGGAGUCCAGCUCGUUCUAGCUGGCGUUCAACUACCUAGUCGCUACUUGAAGAAAGAAUGGAAACCGCUGGCUUUACUUCUGGGGCCGAUCAUGACGGCGAUGUGGAUAAUAACAAGCCUACUCGUCUGGGGUCUGGUUCCAAAUUUGCCUUUCCUUCAUGCUCUCGCAAUUGGGGCUUGUGUGACGCCAACCGAUCCCGUUCUGUCCAAUGUUAUAGUGAAGGGGAGGUUCGCUGACCACAAUGUCCCCAAAGACCUCCAGAAGAUAAUCAUCGCGGAGUCUGGAGCUAAUGAUGGCCUCGGAUAUCCCUUCUUAUUCUUUGCCUUAUACCUCGUCAAGUACAUUGGCGACGGUGGUGUAAAUGAGCAAGGGGGUGCCGGCCUCGCCAUAGGCCUAUGGUUUGGAGAGACCUGGGGAUAUACUAUCCUUCUUAGCAUAGUAUACGGCGCGGUCGUUGGUUGGAUCGCUAAGGAGUUGCUUCAUUUCUGCGAAGAACACAAAUUCGUGGAUCGCGAGAGCUUCCUCGUCUUCGCAUUCUCGCUCGCACUCUUCAUUACUGGUACUUGCGGUAUGAUCGGCAGCGAUGAUAUUCUGGCCUGCUUUAUUGCCGGGAACGUUUUUACUUGGGACGACUGGUUCCGCUUGGAAACACUUGAUGAGUAUCCCAUUCUUGGUGUACCCAAGAACUGCCUGAGCUGGGCCAUGACGACUUCUGGUUCCUCCCCGUUCAGUGGGACGAACCAGUUUACUUCUGAUUCGGGGAUGCUGCCUGCCUCUUUCUCUGCCAGCAACGAGUUCGACUUCUUCGAGGACAUUCACCCAUCAGGUACGAAUAUAUUCGAUUUUACCAGCGGCGAACUGCUGGACACGAGUCUCUAUGAUGAACCAAAGUCUUUUCCACCCGGCCUUGGCCAGCCGGAACAGGUCAGCCCUAAUAGGCCUCUACAUUUUCCUUCGCACCGGGGCUCUGCGUCUUCCUCUUCUUCCAUGAUAAGCGGCAAUUCGACCUCCGCGAAAACGAGCCAGAGCUCGACAGAGGCCAUGGUGACUGACGAGCACUUUUCUGGCUGGAACCUCGAAAAUGAAUCUAGACAUAUGGACGGGAAUUUUGUGUUCGACACUAUAGACCCUACUGCUAUGGAAAUGUCCCGUGUUUUCGAUUUUGAUAGCGCUUCUAGUAGUCCUAGCCCCGCUAUGAAUGGUCUCAUGCAAGAGUCGCCUGUAGUAGCGAAUUCCAUGUCGAAUGCCCCUGCCGCUAAGCGGAUCAAGGGUCAUCACAAGACACAAUCGAGGCCAAGACUGGUGAUUCAACCUACGCCUCUCAAGUCCCGAGUUGAGACCCAAAUCCCAAUCAAACUUACUAUACACGCGCUCCCUCCCGGUAUCAAGAGGCUUCACUUACCAACCCAUACGAUUUCGAAGCCUAAGUUAUUAGCAAAGCCCGGAGCGGCGCGGUCUCCUGACAUGCUCGAACUCUAUACUAUGUUAGUUUGCACCAGUGCCAUGCAAGACCCUAUGAGGCUCCAGCGUGCUUUCCGUCGAGCUGCGGUGGCCGGGCAUGACAUCCCAAGUUUAAAGAGGUCGGACGAUGGAGGUGAGGACGAUGAGCAUAAGCCUCAGAAUGGUGGCGAAGUACGAAUAUGUGCUGGUUGUAUAACUCGAGAACGAAAGCGUGCUAGCCGCAAGAAACACAAGAAGCCUGAGGAGGAUGAGUUAUGGAAUCGAUAUGAACAUCAACGGGUCAUCGUUUUCAACACCCAAGAAAUCAAGGAUUGGCAAGCAGUCACUCCUCAUAUGGUUGAUCCUACGGGAGCUGGGCCAGCUGAUCUCUCUGUCCCUGACGGUACCGUUCAAGUCGAUGCCCCAAUGCGCAUUGCUUGUUACUGCCGCCAUCACGGAGAGAAAAUGGGGUUCCAAGUUAUCUUUACCAUCAAAGAUUACCAGGACAAUGUUAUCGCCCAACAGAUUUCAUCCUCAAUUAUGAUAACAGAUGACCACAAGACACACCUUCCAGCAGCAUCAGCCACGCAGAACUCUGUUCUAUCGCCUCCGCUUCCUGUAGCAAUGGACGUUCACCAUAUUGAAUCCUUUCGCAUGUCGCCAGCAACCUCUGAUCUCCAAGGAUUACCAGCGGCUACUCCAUUUUCUCUUCCGGGUAACAAUUCCCAGUCCGUACCGGUUACUACAACAACAUCCCGCAAUAUGUCUAGGCAGGGUUCGCCCACUAGCCCUUCUGGCCUUAUAUCUAGAAAGAGGAAAGCAAGCGGAUCGGUAAAGCUCCCUACUGGCCUAGCGAUGACUAGGCUCGAGACAGGGCAACCGCCCCUGGUAAUGCCCCCAGGAGCCCAUAAUGAAUCAGCUGUGACCUCUGCAACUGCAUCGCCAUUUUCGCCAAACAUGGGAAAUUUCCCAGUGUCCACGGAGUCUAUGAUGUUUCACGGGCAGCAGGCGAGCAUUAAUAACAUUGGAAAACAAUAUUCGGCUUCGGCAGGACCGCCUACACCAAACAGCAAUAACCCUGAAAUCGGCGUCCCACAAGGAAGUAGAAACAUGAGCAUCGACAAUGUGCCAGUAUCUCAAAUGUUUUCUACACCGUCCUCUGCUCAUCCUAGCCGUGCGCCUAGUCCAAGCCGAGUGAGGAAUGAUAUACAAAAUGUAUGUCAUAGUUCGCUUAGUCAGAAUAUAUACAAUGCGCCCACAGCCAUGAACUCUAGUAGAGCACAGCCGAUGAUCUACAAGAUCAUCCCUGGCGAAGGUCCAAAGUCGGGAGGAGUCGAGGUCACAAUCCUUGGCAGCAAUUUCACAAAUGGCGGUCUAGACGUCAUGUUUGGGGAACAAAGAGCGGCUACUACGACCUUCUGGGGCGAGACAUCGUUAGUUUGCCUUCUGCCGCCAUCUCAUGCCGCCGGGGUCGUCCCGGUUUCGAUCAGACAACCAGGCGUCGCUCCCCAGCUUUCAUUUAAUGGCAAUCAGCAGCAGCCUCUGUUUAGAUACGUCGACGAUGAUGAACAUCGCCUAAUACGUACAGCACUCACUGUGCUGGGCAACAAACUUGGGAAUAAAAUGACAGAUGUUGCGGAUAUCGCAAGAAAUAUCAUUUACGGGCCCGCAACGGGCGGUUCUUGGGGUCAUUCCCCCGGAUCUAAUAGUCAAACCCCCAAUACAAACUUCAACAAUCUGGAACAGGAUCUCUCGGAAUCCGUAGAAAAGGGACUUCUUCGUAUUCUGGAAUUGAUUGAUCUAGACGAUAGCCCCAACAAGGCGAAGAUCAACCUUAGAAGGGCAAGCGGGCAGACUAUGCUUCACUUGGCUUCUUCUAUCGGGCUCGUGCGCUUUGUCGCCGGUCUACUAUCACGUGGUGCUAAUGUGGGCGUGCGAGAUAAGGGAGGCUUCACGCCGUUGCACUUGGCGGCGAUGAAUGAUCACCAAGAAAUCGUCCGGCGUCUCAUCAUGAGAGGGGCAGAUCCAAAUAUGCGAAGUCUCUCUGGUUUGACGCCCGCUGACGUUGCUCGAUCCAGUGACGUGCUUAGAGUUCUCCGACAGAUUGAGAACCAUUCCAGAUCCCGAAGCAACGGUUCGCUUCAUAGUAGGGCUAAUAGUGCUAGCUCCCUAAGAUCGCUAUGGGAUCCAUCCUCAAUGGCACCAGCACAUCGUGAGGAAUUCAUAUUAGAGAGCCCAAGCUCUUCGGAAGAGAGCAGUGACGACGAUGAUGAUUCGUCGGUUCAAAGCGAGCUAAACAUAAGACGACCAAGCUUCCCGCAGUAUGCGCCUUCACGUGAACCCACCGGCGUUGAUGCUCCUCCCGCAACAACGACCGCAGCAGUGGCGGCUCUCCGGGAACAAUUUGCGGCACAGUUCCAGCAAUUGCAGCACUCCAUGACAAUGCAUUUCCAAAAUCUACCGCAUAUGCAAAUGCCGCAGAUGCCGCAGAUGCCAGCCCUCCCACCGAUACCCGUGCUUCCGGAUUACCACGCUUAUCUGCACGCAGCCCCCGUCAUGCAACGUAUCAGCUCUCUCGUCCCGAACAUCCGGGGUCAGCGCCCUGAACCUGGGGACGAAGAACCCCCACGAGAUGCCGAUAGUAAAUGGUGGGAUCUUUCUAGAUUCGGCGUCAAGGACAGCCCUCCGCCAGCAUAUAACAGCAUCUUCCCGCAAAGAGAUAUUGAUGUCAAGCAAGCCACAGCCGCCGCCGCCGCAGCCGAGGCUGUAGCUGACGAGAAAUGUGCUGCUCUUUAUGACCAGGCGGCGUCACAGAGCCAAGAAGUGCCCGCACUUCUCGAGAUAGGGCAUAAGCACAGCAUCACCAAGGAACAACAGGAACACCUACAACGAGCCCACGCCCAGAGGCUCAAGACCGGAAGCAGUGAUAAGAUGCUCUGGUUUGUCUGGAUUCCGAUUCUAAUCUUCAUCCUUGGUGCUAUGCUAGUGAGCGUUGCACCCUCGCUGGUAUUCUACGGCACCUCAUUCGUUAACACUUCGGCUGCCUUUGUCGCAAACCCACGGGAGUUUGCGCAAAGACUUACUCUAAACAUCGCCGGCACGCCUUGA